AUGACUACCUUAAAUUUGAGACCGUCUCUUGUAACACUGUCAACUGAUGUUCACAUUAGUAUUGCACAGUUCAUGGAACCGUACCCAGAUAUGCAUGCUCUGAGCAUGACAUGUGCAAGUCUGCGUGCAGUCUAUCAGCCCUUGAAGUGGCGCUAUUCCAUGGUCACAGUCCUACCCCCAUUCCGAAAAUACCAACGGUAUAUGACGGUCCCUCUUAAAGUCGUGGCACCGCAGCCUAACAAAUAUUCAUGGUUCUAUGCGCACGAGGUGCGCAUACUUGAACUUGAUGGACCUGACUAUGGAGGAAUCUGGGGCUCGAUGAAUGUGCUUUGUAAAAAGUGGUUUGUUGACAAGUACUACCCAGACUACGACUGUUACAGCCAACAUCAGCAGCUUCACUUUCGCUGCUUUUAG